GCGGGGCCGGCGGCGCGGCACGAUGGCGGACCUGGAGGCGGUGCUGGCGGACGUGAGUUACCUGAUGGCCAUGGAGAAGAGCCGCGCCGCGCCCGCCGCCCGCGCCAGCAAGAGGAUCGUCCUGCCCGAGCCCAGCAUCCGCAGCGUCAUGCAGAAGUACCUGGAGGACCGGGGAGAGGUGACAUUUGACAAGAUCUUCACGCAGAAGAUCGGCUACCUGCUUUUCCGGGAUUUUGCCUUCAACCAGGCCGAGGAGGCCAAGCCCCUGAUGGAAUUUUAUGAGGAGAUCAAGAAGUACGAGAAGCUGGACUCGGAGGAGGAGCGGGCCGCCCGCAGCCGCCACAUCUUCGACCAUUACAUCAUGAAGGAGCUGCUGGCCUGCUCCCACCCCUUCUCCAAGAGCGCCACGGAGCACGUCCAGAGCCGCCUGAGCAAGAAGCAGGUGCCCCCAGACCUCUUCCAGCCCUACAUUGAGGAGAUCUGCCAGAACCUGCGUGGGGGCAUCUUCCAGAAAUUCAUUGAGAGUGACAAGUUCACGCGGUUCUGCCAGUGGAAGAACGUGGAGCUGAACAUCCAUCUCACCAUGAACGACUUCAGCGUUCACCGAAUCAUCGGCCGCGGCGGCUUCGGGGAGGUCUACGGCUGCCGGAAAGCGGACACGGGCAAAAUGUACGCCAUGAAGUGCUUGGACAAGAAACGCAUCAAGAUGAAGCAGGGCGAGACGCUGGCCCUCAACGAGCGCAUCAUGCUGUCCCUCGUCAGCACUGGGGACUGCCCGUUCAUCGUGUGCAUGUCCUACGCCUUCCACACGCCCGACAAGCUCAGCUUCAUCCUCGACCUCAUGAACGGGGGGGACCUGCACUAUCACCUGUCCCAGCACGGCGUCUUCUCGGAGGCGGAGAUGAGGUUCUACGCGGCCGAGAUCAUCCUGGGCCUGGAGCACAUGCACCGCCGCUUCGUGGUGUACCGUGACCUCAAGCCGGCCAACAUCCUCCUGGACGAGUUUGGCCAUGUCCGUAUCUCCGACCUGGGCCUGGCCUGCGACUUCUCCAAGAAGAAGCCCCACGCCAGCGUGGGCACCCACGGGUACAUGGCGCCGGAGGUGCUGCAGAAGGGGGUGGCCUACGACAGCAGCGCCGACUGGUUCUCGCUGGGCUGCAUGCUCUUCAAGCUGCUCCGGGGGCACAGCCCGUUCCGGCAGCACAAGACGAAGGACAAGCACGAGAUUGACCGGAUGACCCUCACCAUGGCCGUGGAGCUGCCAGACUCCUUCUCCCCAGAGCUGCGCUCCCUGCUCGAGGGGCUGCUGCAGCGGGAUGUCAACCGGCGCCUGGGCUGCAUGGGCCGAGGGGCGCAGGAGGUGAAGGAAGAGCCCUUCUUCAAGGGCCUGGACUGGCAGAUGGUGUUCCUGCAGAAGUACCCACCACCCCUCGUCCCACCCCGCGGCGAGGUGAACGCGGCCGACGCCUUCGACAUCGGCUCCUUUGAUGAGGAGGACACCAAGGGCAUCAAGCUGCUGGAGAGCGACCAGGAGCUGUACCGCAACUUCCCGCUCACCAUCUCGGAGCGCUGGCAGCAGGAGGUCACCGAGACCGUCUUCGACGCCGUCAACGCCGACACCGACAAGCUGGAGGCCCGCAAGAAGGCCAAGAACAAGCAGCUGGGCCACGAGGAGGAGUACGCCAUGGGCAAGGACUGCAUCAUGCACGGCUACAUGGCCAAGCUGGGCAACCCCUUCCUGACGCAGUGGCAGCGCCGCUACUUCUACCUCUUCCCCAACCGCCUGGAGUGGCGCGGGGAGGGCGAGUCACCGCAGUCCCUGCUCACCAUGGAGGAGAUCGACUCGGUGGAGGAGACGCAGGUGAAGGAGCGCAAGUGCAUCCUGCUCCGCAUCCGCGGGGGCAAGCAGUUCGUGCUGCAGUGUGACAGCGACCCCGAGCUGGUGCAGUGGCGGAAGGAGCUGCGGGAGGCGCAGCGCCAGGCACAGCAGCUGCUGCAGCGGGUGCCCCGCAUGCAGAACAAGCCGCGCUCGCCCGUGGUGGAGCUCAGCAAAGUGCCCUUCAUCCAGCGCUCCCACAACGGGCUCUGACCCCUCCCCGCGCCCCCUCACCCCUUCCCACCCCACCUCUAAUUUAUUGGGUUGGGUUCCCGCGUGUCCCCUGCUCUCCGGGGAGGGGACGCGCCCGGUGCCGGUGUCACCCGGCGGCGCGGUGACACGGCGGGCACGCAGCCUGGCACCUUCUCCCCGGUGUGCCCCCGGCCCUGCAGGAACUCUCCGGCUCAGAUGAAGGCAGUCCCCGUCCCUCCCGCCCGCUCCCCAGGGCCGUGUGUGCCAAAGGGGCCGGCGGCGUCCCCAGCCGGCAUGUCCCCCCUCCCCGUGUGGCUGUGCCCGUCCCCUGGGUGGCACCCCUCGUGUGCGUGUGUGGCAGUGAGUGAGUGAGUGAGUGAGUGAGUGAGUGAGUGAGUGAGUGAGUGAGUGCCCAGGGGGACCCCCUGUAAAUACUGUGCCACGGGUCCCCUGCGCCCCCCGCUCUGCCACUGCCCCUCCUGCCCUGAUCCAGGGCACCCCCAGCCCCUGCCCCCCUCCUGAGGAGAAGGGAGCGGGUGGGACCCCCUUAAAUCAGCCACGGGUGGGCACGGGGUGCCCCUGCCCCCCAGUCCCAGCAGUAUCUGUAAAUAUUAGUCUCUGGUCGCUCUGCUCCCGGGGCUGGGGGGCACCGGGCAGGGGGGGCACGGGGCAGGGCAGGGGCAGUGGGUGAGUGAGGUUUUCAUGAGCAGAGAUGUGAGAAUGCCAGAAAAAAAAGAGUUUUUAUAAUAAAAACAUCGAAAAACA